UACAGGAGGUAACUAAGAUCUUUAAGGCACCUUCAACAUACUGUAAGAUGUACCCAUACAAAAUAUUGGGCGCUUGUUUUUAAAAACACUGCCUUUGAUUAUGGAGAUACAGUGUUUAUAUGUAACUGGUUCGUGUGUAGCUUUAUGUGGAAAGGUUAUCUAUUGACUUAGAAAAAGCAAACGAACGCAGAACUUAUGGCGAGCCUGGGAGCUGUCUAAGGUCAGUGUGUACUGUGUAUGUGAGCAAGGACAAAGAAACAGACCAGCACAUUUUUUACUCUUAACCAUGACGAGCUUCUCAUUAUUCGACGAAUAGAAAAAAGAUUGUAAUUCGCAGAAAGCGACUUGCCGUGCAGUUUGUUAAAGAGCAACAACUGCAGCCAAGUGCCAACAUGAGCUUUUAUCUAAUAACAAGGAAUCUAAUUGAAAUACAUUUAUAUAAACGGCAGUUAAAGAUGUCUGGUAUCGAUCGAGCAGGUACUGGAGAGAGAAAGUUUUGUUUUACUAAGUUUCUGUUCUUUUCCUUUAACCGGCACAACUAAACGUGUGUGACGAAAUGCAGGGAUGAGCCGUCAGUGAGGGUGCGAAGGCGGGAUAAAGCGAGUGGAACAUGCCCGGGGAGGACAGUCGGCGGUGAGACUGCAGAAGUGCGAGGGCCGGGCCGUCAGGAGCGCUUCCCUCCCCCUCGGCGGCCGAAACACCUGUGUCUGUCGGGCCCAGAGCACUGUGCGAUCUCACCGGCACCAUGUUGAACUUGAUCAAAUUUCCCCCCAUUUUCACCGUCCACCAAGUGCCCAGGGUGUUCCAGGAGGACGGCAUCAUCUCAGGGUACCGUCAUCCCAGAAGCUCUGCCACCGACUGCAUCCUCAGCCUCUUCCAGCUCACCAACGAGACGCUCAACAUCUGGACUCACUUCCUCCCUACAUGGUACUUCCUGUGGAAGCUGCUGAUGGUGGCAUUCAUGCAGAACGGCCUGCGCGACGCCUACUCCUGGCCUCUGCUGGUAUUCCUGGCAUCCUGCUGCCUGUACCCCCUGACUUCCAGCUGUGCCCACACCUUCAGCACCAUGUCCACACGGGCCAGGCACAUCUGCUUCUUCUUCGACUACGGGGCUCUCAGCUUCUAUAGCCUGGGCUCAGCUGCCUCCUACUCGGCCUACGUGAUCCCGGACAGAUGGGUGGGUGGUGUAUUCCACCAAUACUAUCUUCCCGUGGCGGUGUUUAACACGGUAAUCUGCACCGCCCUGGCCUGUUACUCGAGGCUUGGCUUGCCAUUUCUGCAAUAUAACCGUGACACUGUGAAAAGAUUCACUGAGCUCCAAAGUCCAACCCUGGGCAAAGCAGUACGGGUUCUGGCCUUUGCGUACCCAUACCUGUUCGACAACAUCCCUCUGUUUUAUAGGGUAUUCGUCUGCAUCGGUGCCGACUGCACAAACAAUGAGACCAACGGCCUGCACUAUAGCCACAUCACCCUGGCCUUCCUCACCGUCUUCCUCUUCGUCACACACCUCCCCGAGCGACUGGCGCCUGGGCGUUUCGACUACAUCGGUCACAGCCACCAGCUCUUCCACGUGUGCAGCAUCGCCGGUACCUUUGUCCAGAUGGAGGCCAUCCUGCUGGACAUGUCAGUGCGGCAGCCCUGGCUCCAAGUCCACGGGCUGCCCACCAGCUUCGGGAACAGCUUUGGUGCAAUGCUGCUGUCCCUGAUGCUCAGCCUCGUCAUCAUCUUCUGCUUCAGUCAAGCACUCUUCUGGAUGCCUAGCAUGCAGGGAAACGUGCAGGAGAUGCACAAGUCCUGUCCUACAGCUAUCAGGGAUUGCAGUAAGCCAUCCCCACACCAGGACUGAACCUUUGGACCAAAACUUCCUGGACUAGACUAUAUGUGUUUGGUACCAAUUAAGAAGGAAGGAAUUUAAAAUUCCCCAAGACAAUAUGCUCCACAUCGCACACCUUGUUCGCAGCUAGGCACCAGCCAAUGGCUCCUCAAACUCAAGCACAGACUCAAGCGAUGCUCCGUAACAUGGAGCAUGAUAAUCAAGUGGAUUAUCGAUUGCCACAGCGUUGCUGGGUCAGAGUCUGUACUGUCAUGCUCUGCACAGAAGAAACCUAGACUGCAGAGAUUGGACACUAAGGGUCUCCCCACGGAGCCCUGCAUGCAAACUGUCAUAAAGCAUAGAGGCAACCAAAGGCAAAGGACAACACCAUACAUUUUAUAUAGCAUUUGCCAGACCCUAUACAGGAAUCAGAAUGUAAAGGGCGUAAACGCAAGUUCUAUGCAUUUAAAUACACCAUACAGGUCUUAUACGACUUUGACUGUUUUAGAUAAAGCCUAUUUUUUUUUAUUAAAAACAUACCCAAGCAAGCUCAGCAUUACCCUAAAAUAACUGACCUACUGUAGGUGCAAGUGUUAUGCCUGUCUGACAUGUUGUGUUGUUGAAACAUUACUGAGACACAAAAUUAUACAGUUGUACUAUAUUACAUUGAUGAAAAAUAUUUGUAACAAGUUCACUGUUUAAACGGUAUUAUUUCAGUUAUAGAUUUUACCAGCAGGCGCUUUUUCAAUACAGUAUAGAGUAUAGAACAAACAGUUCAGCAUUAUGCUGUCGUCUUAUGUCCUUAUAACACGCCCUUCUAGUCACAUUGAUCCUUUGCUUUGCCCAUAAUCUUGUCCAUAGGACAAUGUAUAAUGAAAACCUCAGCUGUUUGUAGACCUGAAGUCUUCAGAGGCAGCAGACCAUGCUGUGACAGACCCUUUCAGGGUGGGUGACACACAACAUGCAUCUCGUCCUUAAAUUCUUACUAAUUAAAAAAUGUCUGUGUUUUGUAAUGUAAUCAUUAAUGAAAGAACUGACAUAAAGUGCCUUUUUAUUAUUUUAUUUCUUUUAAAGAAUGCCAUGCACUGAAAGAACAAUUUAACGUUGACAUUAUGAUUGUAAUACAGACAGGCAGCUUUCCGUGGAAUUCCUGAGGAAUUCCACCCAGUUUAAAGCUAUAUGUUUCUUGUGUAAUAUUUGUGUUUUGUGGUAGCAGAAUUUGUAUUAUAUUGUAUUAUAUUUUGACCUUGUCUCACUGGUUUAAGAUAAAGGUAUUUUAUUAAAUCACUAGUUAAAUUUAAAUCACACUGAGGGACAUUUUGAGUUUAGGUUCCCCGGAAAUAGACACUACUGUGUUGUGUUUGAAUAAUCGCAGAAGAGGUGGAACUACACACCAUUUUCUGGUGAAGUUAAAUACAUUGCUUUAGAAGGACAAGGAAGAUUCUCAAGAUGACAGAAUAAAUCGUUCUAAGCUAUUGGUUUAGCUGCUGAAUUUCACUGGUGCUUGUGGUGCAGGGAAUUGGUCAGCUUUAGCAGGCAGGCUUACGAUCAGCAUCAGGCCUUUCAGAGGCCAGCAGGAAGGCCUGCCUUUCUUUGGGAGAUCUAAUUUAUACUAAUUAUUGCACUCAUUUACAAAUAAUGUUUUAGCCUCUUUUAUAAUUGAUAGUGGUUGAUUUGUCUGUUUGUUUGCAUUUGAUGUAUUUUUUACUUCAAAUGGUAAAACCUUAAGGACACACUACUGGCAUGUAUGGGAAAAACACCAUGCAUUGUUUGCCGUAGCUUAGUUGCAGCUCACGUCAGUUCUUGAAAAGAACAAUGCACUAUUGUUCGUAUGUUCAGCUGACAUGUUACGUUUUUUCAUAAAACUCAGGUUUUUCUUUAAUGCAGAUAUCAACUGUAUAUGUGUUCUGUUGCAACUAAAUAAAGAAAACCAUUUACUUGUAA